UGUACACACACAUUUUCUACUUAUAUUGAUUGUACAUAUAUACACACGUAAAUUAUAUGACAAUCAAUAGUGUUUUAUCUUUAACUUGCUUGUAUAUUGCUUAUGGAUUACCAAUCAUAUUUCCACUUAUUUAUACUUGAUUACGUUAAUAUGUUUAUCGUACAUUUUACAUGCAAUAAUUAAUAUAAAUAUAUAAUUGACUGAGUGAAACAACUUUUUGUCUAAGCGCCAAAGCCGAGCGCGUCGAGUUGGGCACCUAAACGAUUGACAGUCAGCUGAUACAGGCCUGGCUGCGCGCGCCUACGGUAUCUCCGCGCCAAUAUGGCCGAACGUCAUCGGCUGUCCGCAACGCGACUGUGAAAGCGGGGCCGUCUGGCGGGUACCCACAAGGAAACGUCCAGGGAAAUAUGUCGGAUUACCUGAGGUCCGCGUUCGGGUACCUGAACGGCGGCACCGGCGGCGGCAACGAUUAUGUCGGCCAGACACUGGAUAUCAACAAUGUGAAGCUGAGGGUGACACGACUGAUCGCCGAGGGUGGAUGGGCACUGGUGUUUGCGGUUGAAGAUGUUGCUACGGGAAAAGAAUAUGCGCUUAAAAGACUUAUUGCUGCCGAUGAAGACGCGAACAAAGCAAUUAUACAGGAGAUUGAAACGCUCAAGAAACUGUCAGGUCACCCGAAUAUUAUUCAGUUUUUAUACGCCCAACGACUGGAGCGAGAAGAUCGUAAGGGAUACGAAUACUUGGUCGUUACCGAACUAUGUCCCGGUGGCACUCUCGCAGAUAUACUCAGAAGCGUGUCCGCAAACACGCUGACCCUCGCUCAGGUGUGCAAGAUAGCCUAUCAAGCAACAAGAGCUGUGCAUCACAUGCACAGUCAGCAACCGGAACCUUUUGUCCAUCGUGACAUCAAGCUGGAAAACUUUCUGAUCGGAAAAGACGGCCUCGUGAAACUCUGCGACUUCGGUAGCACAUCCACUCAACAGAUACUACCGAAUCCAUCAUGGAACGCACAGAAACGCGCGACUCUGGAGGAUCAGAUGGCCAAGUACACGACCCCUAUGUAUCGUGCUCCUGAGAUGAUGGACACGUGGAAUAAUGAACCUAUAGGGCCUCCGGUGGACUGUUGGGCUUUGGGAUGUAUACUGUAUGCCUUGAUUACAUUGAGACAUCCUUUUCCCGAAGGUAAUAAACUGGCAAUCGUGAACGGCAAGUACGCGCCGCUUCCGACCAAUCCGCGAUAUGCGUGUAUGUAUGAUCUGGUAAAAGGGUGUCUAAAUAUCUCGCCCAUUCAGAGAACUACAACGGCACAGCUUCUGGAACGUUUAGCUGCGAUCGCCGAGUCGAACGACUUCGAUCCCAGAGAACCACCGCGAGUCGAAAUUAUGGUCAAACCGUCGCCACCUCCGCGUCCAACGCCACCGCCACCGCCGUCGCAGCAACCGAGCACACCGACACCGCCUCCUCGUCCCACCCCGCCGGUAGCGAUGCCGCCGCCGAAACCGGCACCCAUGCAGACGGCGGUGUCUAAACUCCCAGCGAAUCAGGGUACAGCGGGCCUAUUCAACUCGUUGAAAGGUGGCGCAGGCAGCAUUUUGCGCAACCUCAAGGAUACUUCCAGCAAGGUUAUGCAUACUGUUCAACAAAGUAUGGCCAGAACGGAACUGGAUGCGAGCUAUCUGACAUCACGUAUACUUAUCAUGCCGUAUCCGGCCGACGGAAUUGAAUCCGCGUAUCGAGCGAAUCACGUGGAGGAUGUUAGAGCUUUCUUGCAAGCACGCCAUCCGCCGCCGGCGAAGAUCCAGUUGUACAACUUGUCUCGCGGUCGGCCGAACGUCACGAGAUUGCCCGGCAGGCACAUUGACUGUUCGUUUGCUUAUGCCACCUCAGAAUCAAACGCGCCUAUGCUAUUUACUCUAUUUCAGAUCUGCCAGGAUAUCUAUCAAUAUCUCAAUGCCGACUUCAGUCAUGUCGUGGUGCUUUAUUGUGGUGAUGGAUAUCGGGCAAGUGCUACAAUAGUAUGCGCUCUGUUGAUUUACUGCAGAGCUCUGACCACUCCCGACGAGGCAAUUGCUCUGUUCACGACGAGACGCUGUCAGCCGCCACAUUUACAGCCUUCGGAAUUACGUAGUAUUAAUUAUAUGAGUAUGUUGAGCGGCGGCCGACUUCCGCAUACCAAACCGUUGGUUCUUCGAUCCGUCAUCAUACAACCGGUGCCGUUAUUUACCAGAGCGAAGGACGGUUGCCGGCCCUAUAUAGAGAUUUAUAGUAACGGCGCUCUGGUCUUCACGACAAAAAAAGCUGGUUACGAAGAGAUGAAGCUGUUUGGAAUAAUGGAAGGCAAGGUCUGCCUGAUACUAGGAGACGCGGCCGUGCGCGGUGACGUUACCAUGGUGGUUUAUCACGCCAGGCAGCAACUAGGUCGUGUGAUUGGCAUUAAAAUCUGUUCGAUGCAAUUCCACACCGGCUACGUGCCUAUCACCGAGAGCGCUCUGACGUUUGAGAAGCGCGAUCUGGAUGACGCUCCUGAGAUUGGCGGCAAGUUCCGCGUCUUACUGAACGUCAUGAUAGGUGAGGAAAAUUCAAAAUUGUCGAGAGUACCGGCACCGUGGGAAGUGGAAACUUGUAUUAAACCGGUGCCGGAUCCGUUGUUUGGCUCAACGUUAGAAAUGGAGGAGACUUUGGAGAACUUUAGAACUGCACCGUGUUCGGAAGAGACUUACAACCCACCGUCGCACGAAACCGAAGAAGUUUCGCAACCGGAACCAGUACUUCAGCAAUCGGAAAAUCAGAAAGAAGAAGAAGAAGAAGAAGAAGAAGAAGAGACAAACAGGAAUGAAGAGAUCAGCUUUCAGGAGGCUGAUUUGCUGAAUCUUGGCAUGCCGGAAAAUACCAGUAAUACCUCAAAUACUCCCGCUGCUCCAGCGGCAAACCCAGAAUUAGAUAUCUUCUCUAGUUCUAGUCAGAACGAAAGCGAUCUCUUAGGUGGCUUCGGCAUGUCGGCGCCGCAGACCGAAGCCGCCAACUCUGUACCCUUAAUUAAUAAUAGCGCCGCGGGUGACUUACUGUUUGGAAACAACAAUUCUACGAGGAACAACGCUACUAGCAACAAUAAUCUGAAUAUGAACGAUUUUUUGUUCGGACAGAAUCAGACAACACCGAGCAACACCAAGGAAGUCAAUGAUUUGCUGUUCGAUCCGUUGGGUAAUAAUCUCCUUGGUGGUUUUGCAACAGGCACGACAAACCCCGUCAAGAGUCCGAAUACCGAGGAGAAUUUUCCGCGAAAUGCCAGCGUGCCAAACUUUGCCGCUCAGACUCAGGCCAACAAAGAUCCGUUUGCUAAUCUGGCUGGCUCACUGGGUGCUGGUCUUGCAGGUAGUUGGAACGGAACGCCGAAAAACUCAAACACUCCGCAGUCAGCGAGUCCGGCACCCGCGAGCACGCCUAUCCACUCUAGCCCGAAUACGAUGCACAAAUCAAAUACGGCAACCAAUGGUUACAACAUCAGCGGCGCUACGUCGGACGUAUUUGGUGGUAAACCGAAAGAAAAGACAAGCGGUGACGCGUUUGAGGAUCUUCUCGGCAGUCAAGGCUACAACUUCUUUAGCUCACGUAAGGCCGAGAAGGACAGUCCGAAGACAAUAAAUCAGAUGCGAAAGGUGGAGGCAGCCAAGACGAUGGAUCCUGACAGGCUAAAAAUAGCCGAAUGGACGGAGGGUAAAAAGGGAAAUCUACGAGCAUUGCUCUGUUCUCUGCACACGGUUCUCUGGCCGGAAGCUGAGAGAUGGCAACGUUGCGAGAUGCACCAACUGGUCACGGCGGCGGAUGUUAAAAAGGCGUAUAGAAAAGCCUGUUUGGCCGUGCAUCCGGACAAGCAAGCGGGCACGGCGAAUGAAAAUAUAGCGAAGUUGAUUUUUAUGGAGUUAAACAAUGCGUGGGGCACGUUUGAGAAUGACGCAUCCCAACAAAAUCUAUUUAGCUAAUUUUAAUGAUCAUUAACUGUUAUUAAGAACUUAUCUCUGUAAUUAAGUUAGUUCCUAGUGCAAAAGAGGGACGUAAGAAAAGAAAAACAAAAAAAAAAAAAAAAAAAACAAGUGGAGAUCUCGUCAUCCAUG